UUUAUUGUGAAAAAUAUGCAUUGUCGUGGACCAUAUAAAGAGUACCUUCAAAAUCGAAGGAAAAUAAUGCCAGCAACAACAAUCUAUUCGCGUCGCCAAAGAGAACUUCAAGGGAUCGCUGCUCUAAAUAAUCAGGCAGAAAAUAAUGCGGAGGAGAAUGUCGAAAUGCAUGAAGAGAUUGAGCGCCAUGAAAUGGCAGAAGUUGAUUAUUUAUAUGAAGAUCUUAGUUAUGGAGAGACUUCCUCAAAUGAUAUUGAUACUGACGAUGAUUAUGAUGUUGAUGAAGAUGUCAAUCAUGAAGCAAUUGUUGAAUAUGUUAACGUGGCAGAAUCUAUUGAACAGCCAAAUGAUAAUGGUCCAGAACCAAUAAUAGAAGACGAGGCCAGAAGAUCAAUUUAUCCAAAUUGCCCUUUAACGAAGGAAGAAAGCGAUCUACUCGUAAUGAGUUACGUAAUUCGGCAUGGAGUAAAUGGAACUGCAUUAGAAGACCUAAUAGACUUAAUUAAUUGUCAUCUCCCUGAACCAUUGAAUCCUUCAAAGUAUCUAUUUUUAAAAAAUUUUCGCGAUAUCCCACAACUUGUUACAUGUUAUUAUUGUGCAGAAUGUAUUUCUUUAAUAGACUUUGAAGAAAGACAAAGUAUAGAUUGUCCAAAUUGUUAUUGUCGUAAUGUAAAAUCAGUUCUUAAACGAAAUGGAAAUUUUUUUGUAUACAUUCCAAUUAAAGAACAAUUGCGGCAGUUACUGUCGAGUAGUGUCUUCCAUAAAUUACAAAGAUCUUACAAUGAUAAUAGUUUAUUAUCAGAUGUCACAAGUGGGAAAGUGUAUCGAUCGAUGAUUAAAAAUAAAGUUAUAUCUGAUUUUGAUAUAAGCUUACAAUGGAAUGCUGACGGCGUUAAUACUUUUAAGUCAUCAAAAGGAUCAAUGUGCCCCAUUUUAAUAGCAAUUAAUGAACUUCCCUAUCGGCUUCGUAAAGAUAAUAUUCUGCUUGCUGGUUUAUGGUAUGGAUCUACAAAACCUGUAAUGGAUAUUUUUUUAAAACCAUUUGUUAAUGAGUUACGAGAUUUACAUGAACAUGGAAUUAACUGUUUGCCACCUAAUUUGAAUGAAGCUGUAAAUAUUAAAGUACAUGCAAUUAUUUCUCCAGUGGAUUCUGUAGCCAGAUGUUCUUUACAGAAUAUAACUCAAUUUAAUGGAAAAUUUGGAUGUUCACUUUGUUUGCAUCCAGGGCAGCACGUUAAAGUGGGAAAUGGCUAUGCACGUGUUUACUGUGGAAAUGAAGGUAUUGCAAGAACGAGAGAACAACAUCAUAGAGAUGCUGAGCAGGCUGUUGUACAAAAUAUUUCUAUUAAUGGAGUUAAGGGAGUCUCAUUAUUGAUGUUAUUGCCAACCUUUAAUAUUGCAACUUCAUUUCCUCCUGAAUACAUGCAUGCAGUAUUACUUGGAGUUGUCAAAUAUUUUUUCUUUAUGUGGUUUGAUUCUAAAUAUAACCAGUGCACAUGGUAUAUAGGUUCAAAAAAAUUGAUUUUUAACGAUCGAUUGCUAAAUAUUUACCCUCCUUGUGAAUUAACUCGGACACCUCGCACACUUGAAAAUAUGAAAUUAUAUAAAGCAUCAGAGUGGAAAAAUAUAUUAAUGUAUUACUCGUUACCAUGCUUACAAGAUUUGCUGCCCAAUAUCUACUUUAAACAUUGGUCACUGCUUGUUUUUAGUAUGCAUAAAUUUUUAUCAGAUGAAAUAUCUGAAACAGAUUUUAAAGAUGCCGAAAAAGCAUUAAGAAAGUUUGUAUUUCAAGUAGAAACGUUGUAUGGAAAAGCACAUAUGAAAUUUAAUGUGCACUUGCUACUUCACAUACCAAAAAGUGUAAAAUUGUUUGGCGCCAUUUGGGCAUGGUCCGCUUUUCCAUUUGAAAGCUACAAUCAUAUUCUUCGAAAUAUGAUUUAUAAUUCUCAAUUUGUAAUACCGCAAGUAUGCAAUUCUUACCUGCGAUUGCAACAAAUUAAGGAUUGUAUUGCUUUUAAAAAAAUAAAUUGUAGUGUAGAGGGUAAAAAAUUAUAUAAUCGUUUGGUUGGAAAAAUGAAAUUAAAUAAUAAUAAAAGUGUAUCAUACGAUGGACAUUUACGUAUUUUCGGAGCGGGGAAAGCAAUCCAUUUAGAUUUAAUUAAGAUCACUGCAAUUCAAAGAUUGAUGAAUCAGAACAUUGAGUGUGAUAAUGUCUGCAGUUUCCAACGAUUUAUUUAUAAAAACAUUCUUUAUCAUACGUGCGAUUAUUUUAGAAUGUAUAAGCGUAAUAAUAUGUUGUUAAACUGAUUAAUGGUAAUUUUAUAAGAAUUAAACAUAUAUUGCGUAUUUCAAUUGUGGCUGGCAUUAAUAAUAUACAAAAAUACGUUAUUAUUGGAAAAUCCUAUCGACUCACUAGAGAGAUUUUAUGUGAAACUGGAGAUGUAUCAUCUACUAGUUACUCAUGUACAGCACAAUUGACAGAUGUCAUUGUAGCAUGCUACCCUACAGAUAUUGCACGAAAAUGUAUUAUAAUUCCUUAUAAAAAUGAUAAGCAUUACAUAAUACCUAUCGUUAAUAGAGUAGAAACUGAUUAAAUGUUAAAAAAUAAAUAAGUUUAUUAGUA